AUGGAGCUUAGGACCAUGAAGUUCCCUGAGGAUGAAAAGAGGAGCCCUCCUUUACUGCAAGCACCAGAACCUUUACCUCCAAUGGCACAGACGCUACGUGGAUGUUUUGCGCCUGAAGGAGGCUGGGAUGCUUCGCCUGCCUUGGAUGAUGCGUUCGAGCUGCGCACUAUGCAUCGUAUUGAAGCUGCUGGAGUGGACGAGAGUCAUGAAGCGGAAAUAGAGGCCGGAACUCGACCUGAGGAGGUGCCGGUUUCUCAGCUGGAAGAAGAGCUUGCGGUUCUCGAAUCGGUGACUUUUGCUUCGCAAGGGUCGCUAAGGACAUCGCUUGCAACGGAGACCAUCCCACUGGAGUCUGUCCACGCAGAAUCAGGUUCGCAGCAGGCUGCCAAUGCGUGGGAGAAUACGACCUCAAGAGAGAUCAAGGAAGCUCCAAUUCCUGCAUCUGUCAGCGAGCUGGAAGGCAUGGAAACAGAAGUUACUACGCAGGAUGCUCUGACACCCAAAGCACAGGCUAGCCAUCCAGGCCUGGAAGAAGACCUGCAGGACACUGUGCCACUUUCUCACCCAAACUCCGGCUCCAAAUCUGAAGGCGUUGCGGAAGUCCGACCCGGCGUCGUUCAGGAGUCCAUUCACAGCAGCCCUGCCAACUCAGCUGUGACAUCAGUGGGCUGCAGUGGAUACCAGGCGGUGGCUGGGAUGCCAGCAGCCCUCUCGGCCGAAGACGAAGCUGUGACAGGUCUGAGGCGUCGUGGCGGUGUGGAAGUGGUCGUUGAUUUGCCUCCUGUGAGGCCUCUUUCAGGUGUCUCAGCAGACACGGCAUCUGGCGGAGGGAGACCUCCCUCAGGUCGAAUAGCAAAUCCGACCGCAAGUACCAGUGCUGAGAAUGACAGCUUGAUUUGCCUGGGAGUACGGCAUGGGUUAGCACAGAGGGUACCAUCUGCUGGGCGGCGACAAAGCCUUUUGAAGGCAGAAGCGCAGCGACGCAGUUUGUCGAUAGGUCGUCGAAGUGUUUCAGGAAUGCAGUCAAAUCGCAAGCUUGUACGCAAUGCCUUAGAGCACUGCCUUAAGGGAGAUGCGAACCGUGAACAACGGGAGCAAGUGCUCAAGUCUUUUGACGACGACUUGGAAAAGUUCGACCGGUUCAUCAUCCUUUUUCGCAGCAUUCACACAGGCCGACAUGACCUCCGAGCACUUUACGGCUUUUCCGAGGGCUCUUGGACAAGAGUCUUACAGUUGCUCCCUUCACCAGUGUCCCUUCAAGAACGCAUGGUGACGCAGUGUCUUAGAUACGACUCUGGUGGGAAGGAGUUCAAGGAAGUCCCUGCUUCACAAGAGACCUUGUCUGUUGCCGAUGCCGUUUUCUUUUACCCUCAAUACUUGCAGAAGCCGAGAGGGCCGCCCUAA